UACACUCACUCUUUUAUAACAUAACAUAUAAUUUCCUCUCUACUCUUCAAAUUAUUUCUAAGUAGUGUUUUUUAACUAUGGGUGGUACUAAGAUACUUGUAGCACUUUCGCUUUGCCUCAUGGUGUCUUCCGCCUUGGGGCAAGGCUCGCACAAGAGGCUGAGCUACCAAGCUCAGCAAUGCCGGAUUAACCGGUUGACGUCGAGUGAGCCUAACCAAAGGAUUGAGUGUGAAGGAGGGUUGAUUGAGUUGUGGGAUGAGACUGAGGAGCAAUUCCAAUGUAGUGGUAUUCAUGCUAUGAGGGUCACUGUCCAACAAAAUUCUCUCUCCCUCCCUAACUUCCACCCUUUCCCCCGCCUCGUCUACAUUGAACGAGGUGAAGGAAUCUUGGGAGUGACCUUCCCUGGAUGCCCAGAGACAUACGACUCAUCAGGAAGACAAGAAGAAAGGAUCCGAGGCGAUGAACAAAGAGAAUUUGGGCAGCAGAAAGACCUCCACCAGAAGGUUCAUCGCUUCACACGUGGUGACAUCAUUGCGAUCCCUCCCGGUGCUGUUCAUUGGUGUUACAAUGACGGAAACGAAGAGGUCGUUACCGUCAUUGUCAAUGAUCUUAACAACCCAUCCAACCAACUUGACCAAACCUUCAGGUCAUUCUACUUGGCAGGCGGACUAGAGAAGUCAUCCGAGAUAAGAGGCAAGAUCAACAACAUCUUUAGGCCCUUCGCCCCUGAGCUAUUGUCCGAGGCAUUCGACGUGCCGGAGGACUUGAUAAGGAAGAUGCAGCAAACCGAGAACCGAGGUCUCAUCAUAAGGGUGGACAAAGGUGAGAUGAGAAUCCUUAGCCCUGGAAGCGAGCAGGAUUACGACGAUGAGAGGCGAAGGAAGUACGUAGGACUUGAUGUUAAUGGUUUGGAAGAGACUAUUUGCACCAUGAGGUUGCGCCACAACCUUGACAACCGUAGAGAGGCCGACGUUUACUCCCGCCACGGUGGAAGACUCAACAUCGUCAACGAGCACAAGCUCCCCAUCCUCCGACACUUGGACAUGAGUGUAGAGAAAGGAAACAUGUUCCCGAACACAAUCUACUCCCCACACUGGGCAGUGAACAGCCACAGCGUGGUAUACGUGACACGAGGCGAGGCACACAUCCAGGUAGUCGGAAACAACGGGGAGAGCGUGAUGGACGACAGAGUAAACGAAGGGGAGAUGUUUGUGAUCCCACAAUACUUCACAGUAUCAGUUAAGGCAGGAAGCAACGGGUUCGAGUACGUGUCCUUUAAGACAACAAGCAGCCCAAUGAAGAGUCCUAUGGUAGGAUACACCUCAGUUUUAAGGGCAAUGCCAGUCCAAGUUCUAACAAACGCGUACCAAAUCUCACCCUCGGAAGCACACCAACUUAAGUACAACCGCGAACAUCAGACUUUCUUUCUCCCUUCAAGAGGAGGAAGGAGCAGGAGGUUUUAAGCCAAAGAAUGGCUAGGUUAUGUAUGCUACUUUCGAGCUCGAUGAUGUGUGUUAGCAUUUUCAUGUUAGUUCUUAGUGUAGUACUACUACCUUUGGUUCAAUGUACUUAGAGGAAAGGGUAAUGGAAGAGUAGAGAGACAAAAGAGCUUCUUUUUGUUGUGUGAAAAGAGGCUUCUUGUACAAUGGCAAUGACAUGCUUUAGAAUAAUAAUGGUUUGUAAUAAAAAUGAGGUUUCUCACUUUUUUAAUGCAAAGUUAAUAAA